GGGGAGGAAGAGGAGCUGGCAGCCACAAUGAAGGGACUGAGCAACCUGUUUCGUGUCAGAGAGGACACAACGCAUGGAGAUGCGGCAGCCAACCACAACAGUUGUGAGUGUGUGGGGACUAAUGCCAGUUCUAGCUUUCACUCAGCAGCCCAGUGUAUCCUGUAGGGAAAUGUGAAGCUGUAGAUGUGAGAUCAAGAGCUGGGGUUUGAUGCAUCCAUCUUCUGAGAGGCUGGCCUGCCUGGCACUCUGCUUUAAGUGCACUCCUGAAGUCGUCUGAAUGGGUUCACUGGGGUUAGCCACAUGCUUGGGCUCAGGCACGUGGAAAGUUCCACAACCGAGUCACGCUGCUGUGCUGGAGGGGGCACACAGCACUUGGAGGAAGUUCUGGUCUCGUUGCACACAGUGGUGUGACUCACUCUGAUGGCAGACUUGAGAUUGCAAACUGGUCUGUUACAGAACAGUCCGCUACGGUGUGGGCUGCAGAGAGUGAAAACAGGUUAUUUGUGGAAACUGAACAGUAAUUAUUAAGCCCUACUGUGACCAUGUCCUGUGAUUUCAAUGUGACAAUCACUGAAAUCUGUUCUAGGCCACGCUUCCUCUUUCCAGUCUUGCAAAAAGGGUAGAUGAAGAUAAGCGAUGAAUGAAAUAUCACUGUUGGAUGCAGUAGGCAGUCUUCUCAUGACUUCUUUGAAAUUGAAAAAGGAUUGUUUUAUCAAAACGUCCUCGUGACUUUACCAGACCUCUGUGUUAGUCAUUUUGUUAAUAAUAACAAACAUAAAAAUGUCAGUAGGUUACCGAAUGACAAAAUGUUACCAUGCCAGUUAAGUAUAGCUAAUUUUUAGGAACAGUGGAAUGAAAACACUUCAAAUGUAUUUGUUGAUAUUUUUGUGUUAUUUUCUGUAGGAUUCCUCAGCCAAUUCAGAUUUCUGUUUUCUCCAUGUUCUUUUCGAGAUACUGACAGAUUCACAUAGUGGGUAUUACAAAAGAAAUUUAAGAAUAGGGGAAAACAUGGAAAGAUUUUGUGUUUAGACUCCUUAUAAACUUUCCUAUGAGUACUGAUACCACUGGUUCACUUUCUAACCUCAGUAGAUGUCCUUUGCUGUUCUACUACUCGUAAACGGAUCAAAGCCCCUUACAGUAAAAUAAGACUUGAAUGUGAAGAAAUUAAAAUUGAAAGUGUUUCAAAAUCUGACUUUCUGUAAGGGGGACUUCCUGUUUUCUGGUCAAUGAGGCAGUUCACAUUUCUGCAUCUUUUUACUUCCUUGUCCUUCAAAAAGAGGAGACAGACUGGGAUUUUCAGCGCACUAAACUGCAAUUGCAUUACAACUACACUGAAUUCUAGUAUGUAUUCUGUGCAGACAGGAGUGCCUAUGAGGGAAAUAAGCUGACAAAAUUAGUAUUUUUGGUUGGCUCAAAAGUAAAAGUGAAAAUAAAAUGUAACUGUUUUAAUGAAAACUCCAGGGCAUUCAGUCAAAAUUCUUGGAAGAAGCCAAGGAAAACGACCCCUCAGAAAAGACUGAAGGCUGCAAAAGGGUCACAGAUUGCUGCUAGUGCUUGAAAAUCAAGUGAGGGUAAUAAUGCAAGGACUGCUAAAUUCUGGAUGCUGCACCUUAAGAAGAAGGCUUUCAUAAAUCUGUGGUCUGACACCUCUCUGCUCCUGUAAUUUCAUGCAUAAAUCAUUUUGCAAAAGCAGUAUAAGACUGUGCGUAAAGUGAGCACAGUGGUACACCUCAAUUGCUGCAGUUCUUAAGUCCCAAAUUAAGAUGUAUUAAGAGAGAGGGGCUGUUAAGAAACAUCGUGUCCUGAGCAAACAAAAAGCCUCAUUUUAAAAAUGUGCAUCCAGUUCAUGACUUCCAAACAGGAGAGGAGAGAUCAGUCGCUGAUUCUUUGUCAGAGCUAAAACAAAACUCUUCUUACUGCUCCAGUGCUUUUUCUUGUUUCUUGAAGGCAGUAAACUGCUAGGAUUAUUCCUGAAUGCCCUGGAAUGCAACAGUGCUCAUCUUUGCAUCUACAUAUCUUACACCUUCAUCAAAGUGUUCACCAGCAACCAAUGGGAAUGAAUGUGGCCAAACCAACUGCAGCUAUCUGGUGCCCAAAGUUCUGUUUCCAUGCUUGCUUUGAACAAGAUAUCUUGCAACCAUUGGCUUACCGUGGUUGGAGUCAAGGCAAUGGAAAUACUUCCUUCUGGAUGUAGAGUAUAAAAGCUAUGAGUGAGGCAUUUAUUCUCAUCUAUUCCCUAAGGAUCUCCUGUUAGCCACUGUUAGAGGCAGAAUAUUGGAGCAAAGGGACCUUUGCCCUGACUGGGCGGGAUCGUUCUUUUGUAAUAACAUGCCACUAUGCAAUACGAAAGCUGGCUAUUUCUUUUAAUGCUUGAAAUCUAAUGCUAAGGUCUAUAGGAACAUUACUAUUUAACUAUUCUAGUUCAGUGGUGCAUUUUUAUUUGUGACUGCUUUCUCAUUUUGUAGAAGAAAAUCUGUCCUGUGACUACAAGAGAAUCUGGGAGGAUGCUUUUGUUGUAUGAGGUGCUUGCAUGACGUCAUAUCAUAGGAAAGCUGGAAAGGGUUUAAUUAAACCAUUCAGUUUAAUUUCUAGUUGUUUUGUACAAUACCGCUGUGGUUAUUCCACUGAGAAUUAUAAUUGUAGGUAAUGCGUAGGAUUCAAUUAAGUGAAUGCCGUACCGAUUUUCUGUGCUAUUUUCUGCAGUCAUACAGCCACAAGCUGUAUCUCAUUAGAUGUUAAUAAAUUUAGAUGAGAGACCCCCGAGGAACAAAUCACUGCUGUAGCUCCUAGUUCAGCAGAGAGUGCCGCUCUCGUUGUUGGUAUCAUUGGACAAGUGGCCUUCCAGCUUUCAGGCCAAAAUAUUCUAGGCAGAAGAUAUCCAAAUGAUAGCUUCUUGAGUGUGAUACGCUACUAAAUUAAGAGUAUCUUACUGCAUUUGAUACCCUCAUUUCUCCCAAGUACUGAAUUAAAAGUUAAGGCAAAAACGUGCUGGUGGAGAAGUAACUCUGACCUCUAAGUUAGCUUAACUGGUUGUCACUCUUUUUUUGGUCCUCUAACCACUGGUUCCCAGCUGAGGCACAUCAUUUUGUUAUUGCUAUACGUUUUUAUGUAUUUUGGUGGUACGCUUUGUUGUAAAAUAGUGAUUUUUUCCAAGGUCCUAAGUGCUGCAGUUCAUACUGUUCGCUGUUGGGCUUAUAAAAGGCCUCGAGACCCAUUUAGAUGGCAGGGAUCUCACAAACGAACCUCUUGUUCCUGUGAGCAGAGUGAAUAAUAAUAGUCUGUGAUGUGAAAAGCCCACUUCUGUUCGCACUCAAAAGUUGAGUAUCUCUCAACUUUUAAGUCAACAAAGAGAAACAUCAGCCAGGUGUCCCUAGAGGGAAGAAGUGCAGUCCUGAAAUGCUUCUGUGGCGAGAAAAAAAAGCGAUUCACGGAAGGUGUGAAAUCAGAACAAGUACCAGAAGGUACGAACGGUAUCUGUCCCUUAAAUUUGGUACGGCUAUUCUUUUUGUAACACAUAUGUAUAUUUUUUUGCAUGUGCCAUGCCUUUCCACAGUAUUGCCAGAUGAGAGAGAAUUCCAACAUGCGGCUAAGAUGAACAAUUUGGAAACCAUGGAAAAGCUGUUCAAGAAGAAUCUUAAUAUAAACGCUGUGGACACUUUGAAGCGCACUGCGCUGCAUUUUGCUGUUGCAAGAAGUCAUACGUCUGCAGUGGAUUUUCUGCUCCAUCACAAAGCUAGAGUUGAUAUGGCAGAUCAGCAUGGCCUGACAGUGAUCCAUCUUGCAGCUUGGACUGGAAAUCUAGAUAUAAUGAGGAAAUUAGUUAAAGCUGGCGCUGAUCAAAGGGCUAAGAAUGAGGAAGGAAUGAAUGCACUGCACUUUGCAGCACAGAACAACAGUGUUAAAAUAAUUGAUUAUUUUCUCCAAGACCUUCACCUGACUGACUUGAACAAGCCUGAUGGGAAAGGCAGAAAGCCAUUUCUUCUGGCAGCAGAAAGAGGCCACGCUGACAUGAUAAAUAAUCUGAUAGCUCUAAAUCUGUUUACGACUGAAAAAGAUAAGGAGGGAAACACAGCCCUACAUCUGGCAGCUAAAAAUGGCCACAGUGAAGCCGUAAAGAUUCUGCUCAAAUACUGGGAUGAAAUAAAUGACCUCAAUGAGAAUGGAGAAACUCCAUUUUACUUGUCUGUCGAAGAGGGUAAUGAAAAAUGUGCCGAACUCCUCCUGGAAGCAGGGAGUAACAUCGAUGUUUUAACUCACAACAACAGCAAUGCAUUGCAAGCUGCCAUUCAGAACGGACAUCAAUCCUUGGUCACUUUUCUUAUUGAUAAGAACAUUGAUCUGGUCCCUAAACCCGAGCAGAAGAAUUCCCCUCUCCAUUUAGCAGUGGUCAGUAACCAUCUGCCGAUAGUGAAAAAGCUUUUGGAAGCGAAUCAUGAUAUAAACUUCUUAAAUCACAGGCAGGAAACUCCCCUACAUCUGGCUGCUGAUCUUGGCAAUGUGGAGAUGGUGGAAGUGCUGCUGAAGGCAGGUUGUGACCUCAAGAUCACAGACAGGCAUGGAAAAACUGCACUUGCCGUGGCUUCAAGGAGCAAUUACGCCCUCAUUGUAGAUAUGAUCAUUAAAGCAGAAAGGCAUUAUGCCAUGGAACAGGCACAUCUAGGUCAUAGUGAUGGUUGGUCAGACUCUGAUUUGUCCUUCAAACAAGAUCAUAGUGCACAGACCAAGCAACUCCGUUCCUCCCUGUGGAAUCUGGCGUACAAUCAUUUAAAACCCCAGGAAUGGAAAAUACUGGCCCUGUUCUGGAAGUUCACAGAUGAGCAGAUUAAAGCUAUUGAGGAACAAUGGACAGGGAAAAAGAGUUAUAAGGAACACGGCCACAGAAUGCUGCUGAUCUGGUUACAUGGUACUUUGCUGGCCCGUCAGAAUCCUGUCAAGCAUAUAUUCGAAGACUUGGUGAAAGCAGGAUUUCAGCAUUUAGCUGAAAAGAUCAGAACUGAAAGUAGCACUGACACAGAGUCCAGAAAAUGCAAAAUUUCAUGAUUUCAUUGAUAAAACAUGGCAUAUGUGAUGGAAUUACAUGCCAGAUGGAGAGACUUUCAUAUACCAACAUUUUCUCUGGAAAUGAAAAUGUAUUUUCAAGCUGCAUGGCUUUAUCCAAUCUAGAAGAACUUGCUCUCUUGAAAUACUGGUUAUUCUUUGCUAUACAGUGAUCUAAAGUGAACAGCUAGAUGGUACUUGAGGACUAUACUGUCAAGAAAGAACCACCCUACAAUUUCUGCAUCUACCUUAACAUUGUUAUAAUAAUUCCUUAUCAGAACUCCCCACUACAGCUACUUUGUGUUUGACCUAAAAUGUAAAUGAGACAUUUUCUUGCUGAAAUAAAUUUAAUAAGUGAAAAUUGUGUGUACAAAUCAACACUUCCCAGAAUAGGUUGGCACCUCACCUCAUUUGGAGUUCAGGUUUUUAUAAUCUUGCGAGGAUUACAGUUCUUCUACAUGGGGAGACUUUUUCUUGUUUAGUUAGUGCUUAGACAAAUGUUUCCUCUUCAGCAUUUGAUUCAUAUAGUAAAAAUAUACAAAAAUAGCAUCUAAAGCCAUCUGUAACUAGCUACAGAAUUUUGUCAUGGCAUAACCUUGUUCAUACACUCAAAAAAGAAUAUUUGAUAUUUUAAUACGUAACAUAUAUACUUUUUAACAUUUAAACCUA